AUGAAUCGCAUACUGACUGACCUGGCGCUAGAGGCGCAACCAAACUUCGAGUUUCCCGCAUAUGCAGCCUGGCUCAAUGCCAUUAUCACAGGAGGGCUCACCAGGGAGGAAGCUCUCGCGCAGAUGGCAGAAGGAUGGAAACUUGAGCGUCAAGAGCGCAUCACUCUCUGGAUUCAGCAAUCUGAGGAAGACCUUCGGUUACAACGAGAGCAAGAAGAGCAAGAACGUACUGCAAAGGAAGCCGAAGCGGCUGAAGAACUGCGGGAAGCAGAGAAGAAGAAGCCGAAGAUUAAUGACUUCGACGUUGAAGCUGUCGUGGCGGACGUUCUCAUCCCUCGCCCUUCGCAAUACGCCCUGCAAAAGAUCAAGAGUAUGGAGUACGUAGAGCUGUGGUAUUUUAGCCCGGAAGGGUGCUGGGAAGCAUCAGAGAGUUCUAGGACUGACGGCAGAAGAUUCAUUCGGCUUGGCAAAGGUCGACGGAAAGCUCUGCAAGAUCAUGACCUUUCCUGGCGCCAGUUCGACAUGGCAAAAACGAGUUUCCUUGUCCAUAUUGACAAGAACGGCUGGCCGGACAAGCACCAGCAGGCCUUAGCGCUGUUCUUCACCCUCAUCACCAAUCACGAGCACCGAGUGCAGUCCUUGCAGUGCAAAAAAACCCUGCUUCGAUAUGCAGGAUUCGUCAGACGAGAAUGGCACUGA